CCGAACGGGGAGUGACAGACGCCUGAACCAGACAGGGAUUUAAUCAAGGAAACUAACUGUGUAAAGAAAUUAAUUGUGUGCCUGUCUUCCUCUACGUUGGUGCUUUUGCGGACAGAUCCAUACAGGAAAUCAAUGAAGGAGAGAAGAUCUUGCCAAAAGCCAUCACUGAAAUCCGGGAUGGAUAGCUCACAGAGUGUGAAAUGCAAGAUAGUGGUCGUAGGGGAUAGCCAGUGUGGCAAGACGGCUCUACUUCACGUGUUCGCCAAGGACUGCUUUCCAGAGAACUAUGUCCCGACGGUGUUUGAGAAUUACACGGCCAGUUUUGAAAUCGACACGCAAAGGAUUGAACUGAGCCUGUGGGAUACUUCAGGUUCUCCGUACUAUGACAACGUGAGGCCUCUCUCGUACCCCGACUCCGACGCUGUCCUCAUCUGUUUCGAUAUCAGCAGACCAGAGACGCUGGACAGUGUGCUCAAAAAGUGGAAAGGAGAGAUCCAGGAGUUCUGCCCUAACACAAAGAUGCUCCUUGUGGGCUGCAAGUCGGACCUGCGGACGGACCUCACCACGCUCGUGGAGCUGUCCAAUCACAGGCAAACGCCAGUGUCAUAUGACCAGGGUUCCAACAUGGCCAAGCAGAUCUCGGCACCCUACAUUGAGUGUUCUGCCCUGCAGUCGGAGAACAGCGUGCGGGACAUUUUCCACGUGGCCACCUUGGCCUGCGUCAACAAGAACAGCAAGAACGUCAAGCGGAACAAAUCCUCCCGGGCCACCAAGCGGAUUUCCCACAUGCCGAGCCGCCCGGAUCUCUCCGCCGUGAGCUCUGACCUCCGCAAAGACAAAGCCAAGAGCUGCUCGGUCAUGUGAGCGCCGUGCGACGGCGGCUCGCUUGGCCUGGACUCGGCCAGCGGCAGUGGCAGAGGGAAAGGGCUUUAACGCGCUGGAGAGGAGCGGAGUGGAUGUGGGGGAGGGGUGGGGGCAAGGUGGGGGGGUGGUGGUGUAGCAUAGAAUGAGGCCCCUCUUCUCCUCCACUCAGAAGGCAGGUGGGAGCUGUUGCGUUUGUUUGUCAGCUAGCGCAGAGGGGUGGAGGAACCGUGUGCACUUUAGGACAAUUUCUUUUGCUGAACUCUGAACUCCAGACAAUGGAGGAUUUGUAAUGACGCAACGCAACGUGCCCAGGUAGCAGGAGUGCAGAGUGCCAAGGGGGAAGAUGUACAGAGGAUAAAAAAGACAAAACAAAAUGAAAUGAACAGAUAAACAAAAGACUUGUGAAACUCCACUCUUGCCUCUCUCCCCAUGUCCUCCUAACACUCGUGGAGGAGGUGGUCCUCUGCUGAGGUCAUGCAUGGGGGGUGACAGAGGGGCUACUCUCCUCCUGGAAGUGACCCAGUUUCCUGUCCGAGCUCUGGACAGGAAGUCCUGAAGGCCUCCUGUGGCCGCCUCAGGAAGUGAGGCGAGCAGGAGGGAAGGGGAUGAGGUGUUUCCAUGGAAACUCUACACUCUUUCUUUCGCUGCCUUCAGACGAGUCCAAAAAAGCUUGGAGGGAUAAAAAGAAACAUCUGUCAUCAUCCCCAAUCCCUCCUCCUGCCCCCCCCCCCCCCCCCCCCCACACACACACACACACACACACCCCCCCCCCCCACACACACACACACACACCCCCAACCUCUUUGGACUCUCUUCAGAAGGCCACACUCACUCUGCUGCAGCUUCUAUUGGCUGGAAACCUUAAAGUCCUGCCAGGCUUCCAGCCCCCCUGCGUCAGGGCUUUGUCUCUCCGACACGGGCGAUUGAAGAAGUGAAACAAACAGCGCAUCACUGUGGUUUGAGACUCCGUUCCCCCUUCUCCAUUCAAGGUUCUUCUUGUUCAUCAUCACCGUGGAUAUUUUGUUUUGUUUUGUUUUAUUUUAUUUUUUUAUUGGUCAUAGGUUCCCACUGUUUUUUAGCACAGCUUCCCCAAUUCUCCUCAAUGUACUGCAUACCUCGUUUGUGGUCAUGUAGUCAUUUCUUAAUCGUUUUGUGAUGUGCCGACAUGAAGGAAAAAACAAAAACAAAUUGUGGUUUCUAAGCCAAAGAGAGAAGCUUAGAUCUCCUGCCCUAGUGGCCUGGACAGCAAUGGGGAUCAUUGGUGGAACUAGGAGUGUUGUUACAUACUGAUGUGUUUAAGGAUGUUCUCCUGCCAACCUAAGCAGGACUCUAAUCCGUGCCAGACAAGCAGUACCCCUGAUCAAUGCCCGGUUUAAGCAGUACCCCUGAUCAAUGCCCAGCUUGAGCACUGCCCCUGAUCAAUGCCCAGCUUGAGCAUGCCACUGAUCAAUGCCCAGCUUGAGCAAUGCCACUGAUCAGUGCCCAGUUUAAGCGGUGCCCCUGAUCAAUGCCCAGUUUAAGCAGUGCAGUUUAAGCAGUGCCACUGAUCAGUGCCCAGUUUAAGCGGUGCCCCUGAUCAAUGCCCAGUUUAAGCAGUGCCACUGAUCAGUGCCUAGUUUAAGCAGUGCCACUGAUCAUUUUAACACCUCUGCCCUGUCUUCUUGAAAUGCCCCUCCUAGUAGCAGACUCUGGAAAGGACCUAGCUCAACUCUCUGCCAGAGUUAGAUUCAGCUUUUCUCAAACACCCCUCAUAGCAGCUAGCCUGAGGCUUAGUAUUAGCCUGUUCCUUCCCAUUCCCAGUGUGUACAGGGGUGGACUGAGAGGGUAGUGUCAUAGGAGAUCGCUGUGUUUGAAACACAACUGGCCCCAUAGCUCCGUCUCCCAAGAGCAUUGUUAUGCUCUUUGACCACCAUAACUGAGAGAGACAGUACUUACAAAUUGUGUCUUUCAGUAAUGGUGAUGGUUGCACUAUGAAACGUUUGGUGAAACAGAGUGUUAAACUGGCACCAGAUGAGGUCUAGGUCUUUUUCAGUAGUCACCUGGUGAUAGUCAAAUGGUGUUCAGAACUGACCUGGGCCGGCGCUAUACCGGAUCAGAGAGGGCAGUUCUGGCACCAGCACCAACCUUCCUGUGGGUGUAUAUGGGCUUUAACCGCAGGUGUGCUGGAGUCCCUGGGCAGUUGGUUGCGAAAAAUAUUUACCCAUGAACCUUGUGUUCCUCUGCUUGUUUUUCACUAUGCAAUUCACCCCAAGCCCAGUGCUGCCCCCUAGAUGAUGGGAGUGAGAAAAGCACAUUAAACAUUGGCCAAGCUCUGCUGUCACAGAGCUCCUUGGCUUUUCGUCUGUUACUGGGUUUCCUGAUGGAUCAGGUGUGGUAGCCCAUUGAAAAAUAUGAUCCAUCCAUAGGCCUGUAGUUGCACGCUGAGCGGUUAGUCUUGUAGUUGAGAGGCCAGUGCAGUGUCCAGUUGAGCUGAGAGAUGCCUUUUUAGCUGUUUAGCCGGUGUGGGGAGUUUACUCUGAGAUGGUGACUGCAUCAGGACCAGAGUCAGUCCAAGUUCAAGACCUGGGCUAGUUUAGGACUAGAUCAGUCCAAGACCUGUUCUAGUUUAGGUCUAGAUCAGUCCAAGACCUGUUCUAGUUCAGGACUAGAUCAAUCCAAGUCCUGUUCUAGUUUAGAUCUAGAUCAGGACCAGGCCGGUGCUAGUUUAGAACUAGAUCAGUUCUAGAUCAGGACCCUAGGUUGCAGUACUGUGGGAUGGUGUAUUCAUGGACAGUAUUGCCAAACAGCUAGCAUAUGCUUUCUCUAUUUAAUAUUGACGGAUGUUUUUUUAAGGCAAUGAAAAAUGUAGGCCUUUCUUUUAUGAUUUUUUGGUUGUUUAUUUUAUUUCCAUGUUUUCUCUUCCAUUGAUGUUGCCAUAGUAUUUAUUGAAUUUAUAUAUUGCCUCCUUUCAAAAAGCUGAACAAAUAA